AUGGCAAGUGGUUCUAAGGCAUGGUGGAUGUUGUCUACUGUGUUGCUGGUAUCAAACUGGCAACACGGGGCUUGUGGAUCCGUUCCUUGCCUCUUCCUCUUUGGAGACUCAUUGUUUGAUAAUGGAAACAAUAACGUCCUUGCCACAAAUGUUAAAGCCAGUCAUCUACCUUAUGGGAUAGACUUUCCUUAUGGGCCUACUGGAAGGUGUAGCAAUGGCCUCAACGUAGCCGACGUGAUUGGUUGGUAG